GUCAGUAGCCUUAUGUCGUCAAAGGGGAGUGGUGAUAGGGGCAGGGCUAUCUGUGUGUGUGUAUGGUUCAGUGUGAGUGUGUACCAUGUAAAUGGCCUGAGACAACAGGCAGCGAGUCCAGGGCAUCAGCUGAGAACAAUAUAUUGGAACACUUCAAGGAUGAGGCCUAGUUCUAGUGUCCCGAAAUUCCUUACCAAAAUCUGGUCUUUGGUAGAGGACCCGAUAAACACGGACUACAUCACCUGGAGUCAGGAUGGAAAUAGCUUUAUUGUGGUGGAUGAAGAAAGCUUUGCAAAAGACAUCUUGCCCAAGCAUUUUAAACAUAGCAACAUGGCUAGCUUUGUACGGCAGCUCAAUUGGUAUGGCUUUCAUAAAGUUGUAAAUGAAGAACCUGGUGUGGUUAAGCAAGAGAAGUAUUGUUCAGGCAGAUAUCAGCACGCAUUUUUCAAGCAAGGCCAUGAAGACCUACUUUCUAAGAUUAAAAGGAAGGUUCCUGUUCCUCGAAUUGAAGAAGGUAAAAAUGUGCCAGACGAUAAUCACAAGAUAUUAGCAUUCCUUCAUCAGUUGCAGGGAAGACAGGAUGUAAUUGAGUCUACUGUGGAAUCUUUAAAGAGGGAAAACAAAUCACUGUGGAAGGAAGUCCUUGAAUUGAGGCAGAAACAAUUCCCAAAUCCUUCAGACUAUGAAACUGUUGCACCAUCUCAGUCAUAUGAUAGAAUGCCAUCACAUGAGCCACUUAUGAUUGAUAAUACUGGAAACUACAACCAAUUGUCUGUUCCUAAAAGUCCACAGAACACCGAACAGGUGUUUGAGAACACACCUACAUGGUCUGUGAAUGGGGAUGUAACCAGGGGCACCAAAAGAACCUAUUCAAUGAGAGAGGAGCCUUUGGAGAGUUCUGCUGAGGAAUCUAGUAGCCAGUUAAUGAGUGUAACAAUACCCGAAAUGUAUGAGAGUUAUCAAGCUGCCGAUUCUGACCAUAAACCAGAUACAUCCUCAAGUGAAAGUGAGGAAAUUGCCAAUGAAGAUACUGCUCCAGAACUAAGCCCAGUGUUACCUGGCCGUAUCAAGACAUUUCACAAGAAUAAAAAAACAAAACGAAUACAAAGAAGAAACAGAGAUUGUGAUGAAUAUGGGGCAGUGUAUAGUUAUGGCUGCAGUGGAUCAGAAGAUGCAGAGGAAACUAAGCCUACUUUUGCAGACUCUGGAUAUUCAAAGAAAUGCCAUAAGUCCUGCAAAGCCUCCUUUAUCAAGAUCAAUGACGGGCUAAGAAGAAUGCAUGAAGAAAACACUAUGCUGACUAAAAGAAUGAUCAAUUAUGAGAAUCAGUCUGUCCAGAAACUUUCUGAAAUCUCAACAGUGUUGUCAACAUUAGCCAAUUUUAUUAUGAAUUCAGGGAAUGCACAAAAAUCAAUUCCUCCAGUUUCUCUGACUGCAGACAUGAGUGAAACGCAGUAUGUGAGCCGGGGGUCUCAAUGCCACCGUUCUGGAAUGUGGUCUGCAACGGCAGAUAACACUCGAGCCAAGAAACAACUACAUCCUAAAAUAGAAGAUACAGAUAUGUAACAUUGCCAUUAUUAACCUUUAUAGAUUAAAUGUGUACAUUCUUCCUUUGUGCUUCCUUGGAACUCCCAGUGUUCAUUAUUACUGUAUGAAUGCAGUUCUUUUAGAUUCCUUGUUUGCUGAGAGUUUAGUAGCAUGUAUGCAUUUAUUGUUGGAUACUCCCUUACUAUACAUCAGCCAUUUAAUUUGGUAUCGCAGUAAAUUAGGAAUUAAUAAAAUAAAUAAAGUAUACAAAUAAAUUCUUUCAGGCCAGUGUAUACUGUAAAAAAAAAAAAAAAAAAAGGCACUCCUGAGAAAGGGUAGAACUGCUUGCAUGAGCCAGAAAACACCAGUAAUUCUGCGUUUAGGUUUUUGGUGUGUGCUAGACCCAGUUAUUUGCUCAUUCACUUGAUUUUGCCUUUUCAUCAUGUGACUUGUACCUCUGUAUUAAUCUGUGUUAUUUGGCCUGUUGCAUUUUCUUUUACUGUGUUUCCUUAAUAUGCUUUUGUUUUGAUAGAUACGAGUAACUUAUAUGUUUAUUUUCAAGGAUUACAUAGUAAUGCCUAUUCUCCCAUAUAAGGUAAGAUUGUCUUACAAUUGAAGGAUUGUUUAUGGAAGGGAUAUCCAACCUUCUGUUGUCCUGAUUUGCAUUAGGACUCUUAGAAUCUUUCCAGAGGUUAGCUGGCAGGAGUUACAGGCCCACUUUAUCUCAUUACUGGAAGCUUUUUAACUUGCUAUUGUUUUCUUGCAUCCAUUGUUUUUCUUACCUCGUUCAGAUUUUUUUAUUCCACAAUCGUGUUUUAUUAACAAAAAUAAAAAGCCUUUUUUUUAAGAAAAAAA